CCUACCCAGUCGGUGUCAAGCGAAGUUGUCUCGAGCUAGUUUGAACAGCAUGAGACCAUCCAAAGCAGGUGUUACUACUAUCCCAUUGAUAGUUACCAUUAAAUCAAUUUCUUGAGUUUAGCCCUGGCUCUCCGUCGUGCCUGACUUCUACAACCAGCCUUCCUCCAAUCCAGUCUUUCUUCUUCAGAUUCCACCUUCCUCUUGUCUUCUCAUCUUCCCUCGUCUCAUCCCAUCUCCAUUCUUUGCUCGCUACAUUUCGCUUGCACUGUCCAGCAAGAGCUCUGAACCAUGUCUUUCCCUCGUGGCCGUGCAGCCAGAUGGCAUCCGGGUCCGAGAAAGGCACCCAGAGGCACAUCAACGCCCUCUCAGACACCCCAAGUCGAAGGAACUCAGCCCUCGUUUCACAGUCUGAACCCUAGCUCCCCCAAUCCCCAUCGUGGAGGCCCCCCUCGUGGACACCACUGUAACUCACUGCCAUCACAACCCAGCUUGAAUGCCCCCCCUGCGCCUGUUCGCGGCCGUCCCUACGGAAGAAGCAGGCCCCGCGGACAAUGGCCUGCACCUUACCAGAAGCACAAGCCCAAAGAGGCAGCAAGGAAGGCGUCCACAGCAUCAUUUUUUACUCCUCAACGUACACCACCUACCUCACCCAAAGGCAAAGCACCGCAGAAGCUCUCGCCCUUCCAGCUCUUACCCGCAGAGCUCCGGUUCAAGAUAUAUGCGCACAUCUUCGAGUCACACCGCGUCGAGCUCGUCCGCCAGCGUGACAAAAACCCCAGCAAACACACCAAACGAGUCCACUACCGACUCUACCAUACUCAAGUUCGCCCCCGCGAUCCUUCGACGCAGGUCGUAUUAUGGCGCAUAAACCGAUCUUUGCUCCCCAUCGCCAUCCCUUUCACCUGUCGCAUCAUGUACUGUGACACGCUCUGUCUCCUCUACUCGUCCACCCAAUUCAUCUUCAACUCCACUAAAGCCAUGACUCGGUUCUUCCAGAUCAUCCCCAAAGAAGCACACGCCGCCAUCCGGCACGUGGAGAUUAACCAGUCCAUGUACAGCGAGCCGCAUCUGACCAGGUUUCGAGUCUUCAAAGUGCGUAGUGACUGGGCCUUCUACCGCGCCUGCGGGAAACUCAUCGAGUCCUGUCCCGCCCUGCGCGUGCUGCACAUCGAUUUCCGCAUCCGUGACUGGCCCAUCACCCUCGAGAUCGGCGAGCCGUGGUCGUUGCCACUCAUGCGCUUCGCGGAUUACCAAGACAGGUUGGACUUUGUGAGCAUUCGUCUGCAGACGGCUAGGUUCACCGAGAAGGAGCUGAAGGAGGUGGCCAAGGCGCUGGAGAAGAGGUUUAUGAAGCCGCUGGCGUACCAGCUCAGGGAGGAUGAACGUCUGGCGAAAGAGUUGAGCGGAACAGUGAGAGCCAAACGUGCGUUGAGAAUCAUUUGA